AUGGAUCCGCCUCGACGACUUAUACGCAUCGGCAAUUGCUCCGGCGCCAUCAACGACGGCAUUGACCAGAUUUACCGCCUGGCUAAGCACGGCAAUGUAGACGCCAUCACAGCCGACUACCUCGCAGAGUUCAACAUCGCCUGGAAGGCUAUCGAGCUCCAGACCCAACCAGAGUUAGGAUACGAGCCAAACUUCCUCGAGCAACUCGCAUGGCACAACGGCGACGCAGCGCGCCUCGUCGCCGAGAAACGCAUCAAAAUCGUCCACGACGGCGGAGCUCUGAAUCCUCGGGGCCUCGCCGAGAAGACGCAGGCGUACUUUGAGAGCCUUGGCAUCCGUGACGUCAAGGUCGCCUGGGUGAGCGGCGACAAUGUGACCGACGCUGUAAGACACGGCGCGUUCGGGCGAGUCAUGCAUCUCGACCAGCCCGGCGUCAAGUUUGAUCCGCAUUCGCAGGGUAGCGAUCUCCUCGCUGCCAACGCCUACACGGGCAUGGCGGGCAUCGUGCGUGCGCUGGAACUCGGCGCCGAUAUCGUCGUCUGCGGGAGAUGUACCGAUGCGAGUCCCGUGAUGGGGCUUGCGGCGUGGUGGCAUAGGUGGAAGACGACGGAGCACGAUUCGCUUGCUGCGAGUCUUAUGGCCGGGCACUUGAUUGAGUGCGGGCCGUAUGUGACGGGAGGGAACUACUGCGGUCAGCGCGAGGUGCCGGAUCUCCAUCACGCCGGGUUCCCGAUUGCGGAGAUCGGAGCCGACGGCGGUGUUGUCAUCACGAAGCCGGAGGGUUCGAAUGGGCUGAUGUCUGUGGACACUUGCAAGGCGCAACUGCUUUAUGAGAUACAAGGCGUCUACUAUCUCAAUCCGGAUGUCAUAGCCGACAUUGAGAGUGCAUCCUUUACGCAGUUGGGUAAAAACCGUGUUCAACUAUCAGGCGUCAAGGGGUUGCCGCCACCGUCCACGGCCAAGCUGUCGAUCUGCUUUAUGGGAGGGUACCAGGCCGAGAUCUCAGCGUAUGCGACUGGCCUGGACACCGACUUCAAGUUCGAAGUGCUCAAGAGCCAGGUGUUGGGCCAGAUCAACCAGUCAGAUUUCACAACCUUCAGCAUCGAGAAGUAUGGUUCAUCGUUGGCAGAUCCACGAUCACAGAAGUCAUGCACGACGCAGUUCCGUAUGUUUGCACAGUCUCGGACAAAGACAGCGUUUGAGCACUUCAAGAGAGCAAUCUUCUACAACGGCUUGCAAGGCUAUUGCGGUCUUCAUCUGGGCAUGGACUGGAGGACCAUGGAGCCGAGGCCGUACGUCAGGUAUUUCCCAGCACUAAUUUUGCAGUCCCGGAUUCCCCUUGCUGUGAGCUUUGUUGGUGGUGAGCAGCAACAUGCCGUCGAGGCGCGUCAAGAUGGUGGCACAAUCCCUCGCCAGCCCGAUUAUGAUGCCAUAGUGCCGUUGUCGAAGGUCCCGUUAUCUAGGACAGUGAAGAGGCCACUUGGAGACCUCGUCUUCGCGCGUAGCGGUGACAAGGGAGGCAACGCGAACGUGGGCUUCUGGGUACGCAAUGCUUUAGCGUGGCCCUGGUUGCAGGCUUUCAUGACAAGAAAGAGACUUAUUGAGCUGCUGGGAGACGACUGGCAAGCUCGUUAUGUGGUGGAAAGAUGCGAGUUCCCAGGGCUCUGGGCUGUCCAUUUUGUCAUCAAGGGGAUCUUACAGGAGGGCGUUAGCAGCAGCAGCGUACUUGAUGGGUUCGCGAAAAGCCUAGGGGAGUUUCUACGUGCCAGAGUUGUUAGUCUGCCAGUUGACUUAGUCAAGGUUGAAGAUGACCGCCGGCCGCGUGGGUUUGAAAGCCGUGCCCGAUUCUCAAGAUUAUGA